AUGAAGAUGUUUCUGUCUCUUCUGUUGGUUGCUGUUGCUUGCAUGGGGUUCGUGCAAACCUUGCGAUGUUACACUUGCCAUGAGCCUACUGCUGUUGGUAAGUGCCUGACAAUCCAGAGCUGCAAGAAGAAUGAAACCAUGUGCAAAACUACUAUGUAUUCCCUGGAGGAAGUUUAUCCCUUCACGGGAGUCUCGACUGUCACCAAGAUGUGCUCUUCCAUCUGCAUCCCAUCCGAUGUGGAUGGGAUUGGUAUGACGCGCCCCGUUUCCUGCUGUUACUCUGACUUGUGCAAUGUUGAUGGCGCAGCUAGUUUGAGGACUAGCUUUAUGCCAGUUGGGAUGCUAGCAAGUUCCCUUUGUGCCUUCUUCUGGACUAGACUGUAA